GUGAAAGCAAUCCCUUCUCCCUGUGCCUAUGGCGGGCAGCGAGGUGGCAGGCGGGCCUGCUCCUGCCUGUGUGCUGGGCAUAGACCUAGGCACGACCUCGGUUAAGGCCGCUCUGUUGGUAAGGGGAAAGCAAGGGCAGGUGGUGGCUGAGAGCUGCUCCAGGGAGACGCAGGCACACACCAGUAGCCUGGAAGCUGGACCACAGGGAAUGGAGCAGAAUGUCCAGAAAAUAAUAAAAGCAUUGAAUGAAUGCCUAGCUGCUCUACCUCAGCAGCAGCUUCAAAGAGUCAGUCACAUUGGCAUUUCAGGACAAAUGCAUGGGAUUGUAUUUUGGAAAAAAGAUAAAGGUUGCAAGUGGACAGAGUGUGAUACAGGCCCUACCUUUGAGCCAGAGGAGGUCAGUCAUCUCAUUACCUGGCAAGAUGGCCGCUGCAGUCCCACCUUCCUCUCUUCUCUUCCUCUGCCACAGUCACAUAUCAGCUUGGCUACAGGAUUUGGGUGUGCCACAGUCUACUGGUAUUUAAAGAAGAGCCCAGAUUUUCUGAAGUCUUAUGAUGCAGCUGGUACUAUCCAUGACUAUGUGGUUGCCAUGUUGUGUGACCUGAAGAAGCCACUCAUGUCCGUCCAGAAUGCUGCCAGCUGGGGAUAUUUUAAUUGCACAAGCAAAAGCUGGAAUACUGAUAUAUUGAAAAAAUCUGGGUUUCCUGUGGACUUGCUUCCAGAGGUAGGAGACCCUGGCAGUAUUGCAGGCAACACAAUCUGUGCAUGGCAUGGAAUACCCAAAGGAACAAAAGUAGGAAUUGCCCUGGGAGAUUUCCAAUGCUCUGUUUAUUUCUGUCUGGCUGAGAGGACUGAUGCAGUUCUUAAUAUUAGUACCUCUGCUCAGCUGACUGUCUCAAUGCCUUCGGGUUUCCAACCUCCAGAGACACCGGAUUCUUCCUCAGCUGUUACUUAUUUUCCCUACUUCGAUGGUGACUACUUGGCAGUGGCAGCAUCACUUAACGGAGGCAAUGUGCUAGCAACAUUUGUGGACAUGGUGGCACGGUGGACAGAAGAGCUAGGACUUCAGGUUGAGAAGUCUGCCAUCUAUACAAAGAUAAUCGAAGCAGCCUUGGCCCACAACAACACCAAACUCUCAAUCCACCCAACCAUAUUUGGAGAGAGACACAUUCCUGGGCAGUUGGCAUCAGUGACCAAUAUUGCUGUCUCUGACCUCACCCUGGGUCACGUUACAAGAGCUCUGUGCCGUGGCAUCAUUGAAAACCUCUCUUCCAUGUUACCUGUGCAGCACCUGAUGGAGAUGGGAGUGAGGAGGAUUCUGGGGAGCGGGAGUGCCCUUGCCAGAAAUGAGGUGCUGAGGCAGGAAUUGGCAAGGAUUUUUCCAUUCCCUGUGGUUUAUGGGAAGGAUGUUGAUGCUGCUGUGGGCGCUGCCAUGGUGAUGUUCCACAGAAAAUAAAGUAAUUAUUUGGAAUGGCCUGAGAUGAAGCUGCCUUUUUUUUUUUUUUUAUUUAUUAUUAUUUUUUUUCUUCAUGACUGUAUAGUGUUUCCUUUCACUUCCUUCACUUUUUCUGGACUUUUAUUCAACAAGCCAUCUCACUCAUUACAGUGG